UUCAAACUGCUUAUUUUUGCUCUGUUUCUAAAAAUCUUUAGCACUUGACAGAGGAAAGGUUUGCCAAUUUCUCGGGGAUAGCUUCUUCUCAGUGCUCCCAAGAACAAGAAAACCUGUGCCGAGAUGGAAAUCCUGUCCAAGUGUCAUAGGACGUGCAAUAACAUGGACAAAUUCAGCAGUCUUCCGGACCACAUUGUCCACAAAAUCACUUCAUAUCUUUCCUUGAAAGACAUUUCUCGACUGAGUGUUGUUUCGAGACGAUGCAGACAAGUCUGCAUAUCAUCGCCGUUCUUGGUUUUCGAUCUCAUUCCAUACAGCAACAAUCAGCCAAAACGAGUCCGUCUCAUCAACUACAUCGACAGGCUCUUGUUUCUCCGUAAUGGGAAGAAUAUCGAGUGGUGUUACAUCUCAUGGUGUAUGCAAAGCAGCCUUGUCAAUGAAGAGGAGUACCGCAUUCUCUCGUGGUUGCACAAUGCCGUCGCGUGUAAUGCCAAGAUGCUUAAUCUUCAGCUCAACCUCAGGAGGGAAUCCUAUUUCGCAUUGCCUACUAGUCUUCUCUCUAGUACAUCGUUGACGGCUCUUGAAGUGAAUCUACACAAUGGUGCCAUUCUCAAAAUUCCAUCUUCGUCUACUGCAAUUACUAGCCUUAAGUACUUAACUCUGAAUUCUCUCCGAAUCGACAAGUCCUUCGGGGAUUGGGUUUUAUCAUGCUGCAAAUCCCUUAUGGUUUUGUCCCUUGUGAAAAUAGACGGCACAAAGAGCAUCAACAUCACUAGUUCUUCUCUAAAAGCUUUAAUGGUUGUGUGUCCCCGUAACCUCUUCAAUCUUCAAGUGUGCGCGGAAACACUCGAAAGCAUGAUUUUACACUGGACAUUUUCUAACCCUGACAACAGAGUGCUGCAACUUUCUGCUCCGAAGCUUGGUACUUUUGUAUGGAAUGGAAAAAUAUCGGAAGUCCAACUUGAGGCCAACUUCAUGUGUUUGAACUUCGCUGGGAUUUUGGUAACUCCCUCGAGUUCUACUGAUCAGAACCUAGUUCAUCUUCUUCGUGCUCUUCGUAAAGUUAGAGAUCUACACAUUAGUUAUAAUUGUCUGCAGGGUGGUUUGCCAAUUUUGUUCACAUCUAUGUCAACAAUAGUUAUAUACAAUGUCGGAGAUGCUUGGGAUGACUUACUGCCAACUAUAAUAUCCCUUUUCGAAGCAGCACCGAAUUUGAUUUGUCUUUCUGUAAAGAAUAAAUGUUUUCCAUUUCAAUACCCUCACAAUUUUCCAUCUAAAGAGGAAUCGGAUUGUGGUAGAAGCAUGCUAUGUUCAGAAUCGGAAAACAUCCCGUUUAUGCAUAAUUUGAGAUUUGUGAGAAUCGAGCUCGCUCUUCGACGGUGGAACGUACUGGAACUGAUAAAGUAUUUGCUCAAGAAUACAAAAAAUUUGCAGAAGAUGACAAUCAUUUGUGACCCUCUAUCUUUUUCAGAUGUCCGGAGAGAGAUAAGUGGAUAUGAGAAGGCUUCUUCUGAGGCAGAAGUGGAAUUUUACUCGUUAUGA